AAAUUGUCUCUGAUAGAGAUUGAUUAUCUUGAUUAAUCAUUUUAAUUCUUAACCAACAGAUGAUCCACUUUUUUUCUUGUCUAUUUCGUUUUAUCUUCUCUGUCUUUUUUUCUCGUCAUUUUUUUUCUCACAUCAACUUCUCCCUCACAUACAAACUCUCUCACUCUCACUCACUAUCUGUUUAAAUAUUAUUCUGAUUAACGGGUUUACCUUAAUCAUCAUCAUCAACUCAAUCAUUUUAUUGAGUUACAGUUAAACCAUCAAUGUCAACAACAAUCAUUGUUAAGUGAUAUCAACCAUCAUCAACAAUUAGAAUCUUAAAUUGUUACAAACAAACGAAAACAACUUAAUUGUUUUUUAUUUCUCUCAUUGUUGUUAAUUGUUACCACGUUAAUUAAAACGUUUUCUUUCAAAAUGAAUCUAGUAGGAAGUGGAUUUUGGAAGACUUUUAAUUUUAAAUCAAUGAAAAACUCGAAAAGUUCAACUGUUAAAUCAACUACAACCACCGAUGAUACAAUUGCAGUGAUUAAGAAGGAAUAUAAAAAAGCCUCGAAAGACAAUUGUAAAUCAAGUGAACAAUUAAAAUCUCCUUUAUUGAAGACAUUCAAGUCUAAUAAUAAACAUGGUUCGUUUCGUGAGUCUACCAAAGGAGGUGGAAAAGGAGUGGGAGUGGGUAAGGUUAUGAUCCACGGUGGGAAUAAUCAAAUUGGUGGUUCCAAAAUCAUCUCGACUCCUCCGCCUCCCUCAUCAUCAUCAUCUUUGUCAAAAUGCAAUCGUGAUUCAUUUACUAUGGUUACAAAUUUACGUCGAGCUGCUUCAGUCCCAUUGAUGAUUAAUCCUUCUCGUAAUAACAAUUUGAUCAAUCAAAAGAAUGUGAAACAAUUAGUUAAUUCAACGGCCACAGUGUCAACAGUUAAUCAACUUGAUAAUACUGAAACAAUGUUCCAAUAUUUUGAUACCAAUCGAAGUGGUUAUAUUAGUGAAGAUGAAUUAAUUGAAAUGAUGGGUUCACUUGGUGAACCCAUUGACCGAAUUGAAGCUAAAUUAAUGAUUAAAGAAGCUGAUGUUAAUCAUGAUGGUAAAAUUGAUUAUCCUGAAUUCAGGAAUUUAAUUAAUCGUUUACCUCUCAUCUUUAGUUCAUCAAGUUCAAUGUCACUUCGAGAAGCAUUUAACAUCUUUGAUAAAGACGCCGAUGGUUAUGUUAAUAUGGAAGAAGUUAAAUUAAUUGCGACCUCAAUUGGAAUUGAUUUAAGUGAUAAAAGUAUUGAUUUUAUUAGAAAUCAAUUGCAACAAUCAACUGCCUCUUCAUCAUCAUCACUAUCAUCGCCAUCACCAUCACCAUCAUCAUCUAAACCCAAUAGUAAAAAUAAUCUAAGUGAUAAUGUGAAAAUUAACUUUGACCAAUUGAAGAAAUUUUUUGAUUCAAUUGGUAAAAAGUAAUUGAAAGAUAAUUAAUUGGAUUAAUUAACAAAACCAAAGACAUUUACCUAUCUCUCUUUGUUUAUCUUUAAUCAUCGUCUUCAACUGACAAUCAACAAAUCAACGAAAUCGUCAACAUCAUUAUCAUCAUCAUUGGAAUGAUUAUUUUUCUUUCUAUCUCUUCCUGUUAUUCAUUUUCUAAAUCAUGUUAAUCAACCUCUUCAAUGAUCAAUAGUUAAUUAUAAUUACAAUAUAUUAUC